AUCUGUGCACAUGCCGGCCCAAACAAGCUAUCAGGGAGACUGAUCCCAAUCUCUUUGGUGCUCGGUGGGGUUAUGUUCUUGAUGCUAGUUGUGACCGGAAUGUUGAUUUGCCGGCGAAGAUCCGACGCCGCUGACCUUCCAGCAUGCAAGCUGACUUCGUUUCAUCAGCUGGACUUCACACAACGUCAUAUAAUACGUGGACUCACAGAGGCAAGCCUCAUCGGCAGCGGAGGAUCAGGUCAGGUGUACAGGGUCAACCUCGAGAACCGCGCCGGCGACGCUGUGGUGGCCGUGAAGAAGAUUCGGAAUAGUGGACAGCUGGAUUGGAAGAUGGAGAAGGCCUUCGAGGCGGAGGUCAAGGUACUGAGCUCGAUACGGCAUUGCAGCAUCGUGAAGCUCCUGUGUUGCAUCUCGAGCGCAGACUCUAAGCUCCUGGUCUACGAGUACAUGGAGAAGGGGAGUCUGGACCAGUGGCUUUACGGGAGGCGAAGGACAAGGACGGGUUCAGGGCAUUUCCAGCCACCGCUGGAUUGGCGGAAGAGGCUCGGGAUCGCGAUCGACGCCGCCAAGGGAUUGUGCUACAUGCACCACCACUGCACUCCGCCGGUCAUCCAUCGCGACGUGAAGUCCAGCAACAUACUCCUGGACUCGAACUUCGGAGCAAAGAUCGCCGACUUCGGCUUGGCACGGAUGCUGAUGAAGGCCAGCGAGCCGGAGUCUGCGUCGGCCAUAGCAGGAACCUUUGGCUACAUGGCUCCAGGUGAGGUCCUAAUUGAGCACCUACUCCAUCACCACUCCGGUUCAUUGACAGAGGCCGUAAUCGUGGUUGCAGAGUGUGGACACUCGAAGAAGAUCAACGAGAAGGUGGACGUGUAUAGCUUCGGGGUAGUGCUUCUGGAGUUGACCACAGGAAGGAAAGCGCAAGAUGGUGGUGAGCACGAAGGCUUAGCAGGGUGGGCUGCUCGCCGCCUGAGAGAGAAGGGUGGCUUCAUGGAGAUGAUAGAUGAGGAGUUAAGUGACGAGGUCAACUAUACGGAUGACAUCGGGACGGUGGUAAGACUGGGAAUAGAGUGCACGAGGAGGAAUGCUGUGGUGAGGCCAUCCAUGAAGGAGGUGCUGCGAAAGCUGACGGAGAUAGUUGGACUGGGCCGUUAUUAA